AUGGACAAUCAUACAGCAGUAACCACAUUCCUUCUGUGGGGAUUUUCCAGUUUCCCAGACCUGCAAGUUCUCCUCUUUGUGGUGAUUUUCUUCUCCCAUUUGACCAUUCUAGCUGCAAAUGUGUCCAUAAUGGUGGCCAUUAGGCUCAGUCACAACCUUCAUACUCCCAUGUACUUUUUCCUCUGUGGUCUGUCCUUAUCAGAAACGUGUGCCACGAUAGUAAUCAUUCCUCGCAUGUUAGUGGACUUGCUAUCUGACAGUAAAACCAUUUCUCUUCCUGAAUGUGCUACACAGAUGUUUUUCUUUUUUGGCUUGGCAGCCAACAACUGCUUCAUCAUGGCUGCCAUGUCCUAUGACCGCUAUACUGCCAUCCACAGCCCACUGAACUAUCACAUGCUGAUAACCACCAGCAUCUGCUGUCAGCUUAUGAUGGCCUCUUUUGUGGUUGGGUUCUUGAUUUCUUUAGCUAUUGUUAUCACUGUAUUCAAUUUGCCAUUUUGUGACACCAAAAUCAUCCAACACUUCUUCUGUGACAUCUCUCCCUUGGUCUGCCUUGCUUGUGGUUAUACAUUUAUUCAUGAAAUGGUUAUUUUUGUGCUCUCUGUCUUUGUGCUGGUGGGCAGCUUUAUUUUGAUUAUGAUUUCCUAUAUCUUCAUUGUGUCCAUCGUUAUAAAGAUGCCUUCUGCAAAGGGGAGGUAUAAGGCCUUCUCAACUUGCUCUUCUCACCUUUCUGUCGUGUCCAUCCACUAUGGAUUUGCUUCCUUUGUCUAUUUGAAGCCCAAGAAGAGUGGAUCAUUCCGUGAAGAUAUGCUGAUGGCUGUGACAUACACAGUGCUGACACCUCUGCUGAACCCCAUUGUCUACAGUCUAAGAAACAAAGAAAUGCAGAUUGCCCUAAGAAAAGUACUAGGCAGUGCAAGUAGGUUUAUUCCUUAUGUACAAAGAGGCAAUAAAUAG